AUGGGAAGCCUGGAGUCCUUGGACCACCCCACGGCGCUGGCCGAGCAGUGGAUGGCGCAGUAUGUGCCCUUGCCAGUGGAUGGAGCGGUUAGCAUUGCCUACUCAACUGGUGUUGUUAUCCAUUUUGCUGAAUUUGCAGAGAUGUUGCAAUCCUUGGCAGCCAUGAAUGCCCCACAGCGCAGCAGCAUGCUCUACGGCAUUGCAAGCUGCGACCUCUUAAAGCACUCCUUGGAGGUUUUCAAGCGAUUUGACCAGGGAACUGGGUAUUUGACGUGGCCCGACAGGGUGAUCGAAGCCUUCGUUUCAGAGGUCUUCAUUCAGGAAGGCUUGGUGCCUCCCACUACAGAACAGAUCGCUGCAUUCUUUGACAAGUUCGCUGGGCCACAGCUUAGGCUGAAUGCCAGCGAGUCCCUCUGUCUGGUGGAUGCCAUCUUCCGGGCGCUCUUGCACGCUGGCAGUGAAGGCAACCAACGAUGGCAGAACUCACCUGGCUCCCCGAGACUGGGGCCCUGCCCAACCCAGGUGUGGUUUCCUGCACGCGGAAAGGAUCGAGAUGGCUUCGAGGAGCCUGUCGCCUGCAAUGCCUUUGCAUCUCAAGAACCACCUCCAGGAAGGCAGCAAGAGAGCUUGCCAAAGGAAGAUCUGCUACACUGGGUCGUGGGCCAACAGGAGGAGGUUCCCUUCACACUCGAGGUGCAGUCUGCCCCUGGCUCUGAACCAAGGAAACAAGAGGACAGUCGUGCCCUACGAGCCGCCAGGGAGUGGCUAGCCACGGUGGCCCGCGACCUUCCCGCUUAUGAGGAUGGAACCUCUCCGCAGAGGUUUGUGGAGCUCGCCCUACAGAUCUUCCUGGAGCAGCCGACAUCCUCCCAGGGCUUCCUUUGCUACCGAGGGCCACGGAAGUCCGAAAUGGAGGAGUUCCUCAAUGCCCUCUUUGACCAAGCUGGGGUAUACCCGCCAGAGACCAUGAUCUCCACCAUGGCCGAGCAAAUCGACUUGCAGGGCACCGGAUGCCUAGAUGUGACCAAAUGCCUGCUGCUUUCUGAUGGCUUGAUGCGACUAGCUUCAAGAUCUUCGAGAGAUCCUGGUGGGCGCAACCGCGACCCGGCGCCGCGAGCUCCGCAAAGGUUGGAGCCCGUGUCCGUGUCUGGCAACCUGGAUGACACAUCCUGGCAACCAGGACCAGUUGAUGGUGAAAAUCACCCACAAAUCGGCCGCGAGACGCUCCACCAGGUCGCCUCACGUGCUUUCCUGGCCUGUGAUCAGAGUGGUCAUGGCUAUCUGACAUGGUCAGAGGUCAGAUCCUUCAUCGGCAUGCUCUUCCAUGGUCUAGGUCUCAGCAGCCCCCUGACCGAGAGUGACAUGUACAAAUUAUAUGCUCACUUCGAUGAGGAGCACACUGCAAGACUCGGGAUGCAACAAUGCCUGCGCUUGGCUGAAGCGGCGCUGCCAGAAAGCUGGCUCAAAUGA